AUGUCUCGCUGGAGUCCUUAUCAAGAUAAUGGUGGCAGUGCUUUGGCCAUCGCUGGGAAGGACUAUGCAACGAUUGUGGCGGACACAAGAUGUUGCAGGGAUAUUGCCAUUCUCAGCCGGAACAAAACAAAAGUCGUAAAGCUGACUGAUAAAGUUUGUCUUGUAUCCUGCGGUCAGAGAGCAGACAUAGAUGCACUGCAGAAGAAAAUGGCUUUGGAAGUUACACAGUAUGAGUUUGAGCACCGAGAGAAGCCUUCAUUAGAGGCCUUGGCUCAGCGUUUAAGUGUGGAAUUAUACUCCCGGCGUUUCUUCCCUUAUUAUGCGUUCAACAUUUUGGCGGGAUUGAACUCAACGGGUGAGGGAGGUGUCUAUUCGUACGACGCUGUGGGCAAUACGGAGUUCAUGAAGUAUGGCGCGAUCGGCGCUGCCGGAGCCAUGCUGCUGCCCGUACUCGACAUUGGUCUUAAGAAGGCUGGCUAUGUCUACGAGCUCAAGGAAACCUGCCCACCGGAAGAGGCCGUCAAGCUCGGUGUUGACGCUCUCACCGCAGCCGCCGAAAGAAACAUCGAGACUGGCGACGGUGCCGAAGCCUGGGUCAUUACCGCCGACGGGGGCGUCCAACUCACCAAGUACACCCUAAGGAAGGACUAG